AUGUAUCAUUGGCUUGUAAAUAACCAAACUUGCUCAAAUUCUAUUUAUUUACUUGGAUAUUUUAAUUAUUAUGGUAUUGAAACUGACAUUAAUAAAUACAAUGCAUUUAAUAUAUAUCAAAAAGCAGCAGAGUUAGGAAAUAUUGUAGUUCAAUACGAUCUUGCUAAUAUGUAUAUAGAUGGGGAAGGUUCUGAUAAAGAUUAUGAAAAAGCUUUUGAAUUAUCCAAAAAAUUAACGGAAGGAAAUAAUACAUGUGGGAUAAAUUUGUUAGGAUAUUGUUAUGAAUGUAAUAUCGGAACUGAUGUUAAUGAACAAAAAGCAUUCGAAUUUUAUCAAAAUGCAGCAGAUUUAGGAAAUAUAUUUGGAAUGUAUAAUUUAGGACGUUGUUAUAAGAAUGGAUUUGGAACCAGUAUUAAUAAUGAAAAAGCAUUUGAAUUAUUUCAAAGAGCGGCAAAUUUUGAAUACAAUUCAGCUCAACAAAGUCUUGCCUGGAUGUUAGGAUAUUGUUAUGAAUUUGGAUUUGGAACGUAUAUUGAUGAAAAUAAAGCAUUCGAAUUAUAUCAAAAGGCAGCAGAUUUAGGAAAUAUAUUUGGAAUGUAUAAUCUAGGACGUUGUUAUAAGAAUGGAUUUGGAACCAGUAUUAAUAAUAAAAAGGCAUUUGAAUUAUUUCAAAGAGCGGCAAAUUUUGAAUGCAGUAAAGCUCAACAAAGUCUUGCCUGGAUGUAUGAAAAAGGAUAUGGUACUGAAAAAAGUGCGGAUCUAGCAAUUUAUUGGUAUAAAAAAUCUGCUGAACAAGGAAGCAUAUAUUCUAAAAGUAAAUUAAAGCAACUUUUUAAAGAAUGA